AUGCUUCAGGUCCGAGCCGAAGGUCAACAGCAACAGCUUAUGGCCGAAUUAUUCGGUAACUACAGGAAGGAGUUAAGACCCGUGAAAUCGUUUGACUCGGGCCCUACAAAUGUCACUGUUCAACUAUACUUCAAGCAAAUCCAAAAAGUUCAAGAAAAUGAUCAAAUUAUCACAAUCUACUGUUGGCUUGAAGAGUACUGGUAUGAUGAGUUCCUUACGUGGAAACCUGAAGAAUUUGGCGGCGUCAAGGAACUUCACGUGCCUUCGCAAAUGAUUUGGAGACCGGAUCUGCUAGUGUAUAAUAAUGCCAAUAUGAACAUCCGAGAAAACGAGAUGCAAACGAAUGUCCAGAUCGAACAUACUGGCCGUAUUUCGCUAUUCCGUGCACUGAUCACCGAUAUCACUUGUGACCUUCGGCUUGAACGAUUUCCAUACGAUCAGCAAAUUUGUUACAUUUUACUGGCGUCGUGGUCCUAUGACGGCUCACAAAUUAUGCUUUAUACAGCAGAGGAGCCCACCGCUGAACCAAGCACGAACAGGACAAAUCUCGCUGCACUUAAUCACUAUAUUCCUAAUAUGGAAUGGACACUGGUGGACUUCAAGUACAGGAGCAAUCUGAAAUACUACGAUUGCUGCCCAAAUCCAUAUCCAGACAUCUCGUACUUUUUUGCUAUCAAACGGAACCCGUCAUAUUACCUAUUUACUCUUAUUAUUCCGUCUGCGUUCAUCACAAUCGUUACGGUGAUCGGUUUUUUCACGCCGCAUUCAUCAACUGGUGAAAAUACCGAGAAGGUCAGUCUCGGAGUCACUGCUCUGCUGUCUUUGGCUAUAAUACUGAUGAUGGUCUCCGACAAACUACCAGCCACGUCCAACUCCGUACCGUUGCUAGGGCAAUACUACAUCGGCCUGAUAUUCAUCAUGUUUCUCGCCACUUAUUGCACGACGUUCACGCUUGGGCUUCAGAUGCAGGGAAAUACGGGCCAACCUAUUUCCCGUCGGGUACGUGGAUUCCUACUCUCAAUACGAGUUAACAAAUCGUCGUUACUUCAAUGGUUUUUCGGCAAAGAACUGAUGAACACCCAAGAAACUAUCAAGAUGCGGUUAAAAAAAUACGACAAGUUGUCGGAGUUGAAGAAAACAUUUGCCAAGAACUUCAUAACUUUCCAAACAAAGUUGCUCAAGACAGAAGAACCAAAGGUAAGAUAUACUGCUGUACUAGUACACAAUGAGGAAGAGCAGGCUAUGCUCAUUGACCUCUUGGAAGGUGUCCAGGCUAUCAGGCAGGAGAUGCUUCUGCAGGAGCAUGUGAAACGAAUUCGGAGAGAAUGGCAAAUGUUGGCCAGAAUGAUGGAAAAGAUGAUCAUGUGGGUAUUCAUUGUGUGUACGAUUCUAUUCGCCUCAUUUAUGCUCUAUGAUCGACAAGAUCCGCCAGUGAUCACUGAUGAAUACAUGAAAGAGAAGGCAGACGCUUGA